UUUAUAGAACAGGGUGAUGAUGGUAAUUGUUUAACAUGUCGAUGCAUUUUUCGUAUUCCAAAGCAGUAAAAGUAUUCAUGUCAGUUGGUUAUGUAAAAAAAAGGAUAAAAAGGAGUCUGGCUUUUUAUCACCAGUUUGUUCCAAGUUGUAAAAGAGACGAGUUUUUUUGUGCUAAAUAAGUUUUUAAAAAUCUUUUACGAGUUUUAAUAUGAAUAGCUUUGAGGGUGCGAGAACGACGAGGUCAUCUCAGAGUUUGGAUCCAUUUGGGGAUAAGGCGGACGGGACAGGCGUGUUGUUUAAAAAAAUUUUUUUAAUUGAACCCUGAAAAAGCUGACCUUCAGGACGGACAACUGAAAUGAGACCCUAUCAUCCAUUACACCUCCAUAUUUUUAUACCAUUGCUUUUUACAAAAUGAGUAGAACAUGCAGUUCCAAUAAAAUAAAUAAGUUAUUACAUGCAAAACAUUCAUAAAUGUUUAUCCUUUGAAAUUUCAUGGACUUCCUGUUUACAGUCAGUACCCAUAAACUCAAAUUUUCAACUUGUGUAUCAUUUACUAAUAUUUAACACCAUAAAGACAUCAUGGCACAACUGUCGUACAUUCCAUAUUUUCUCGUCAUCUUCUUCCACAUUCCUGUAUUAAUCAAGUCGCGAUACUGCGCUGGGGGCCGCGACCCGUCCUGUUAUUUUCCUGACCCUGACGAACCCUUGGAACCUUACAUCCAUCAUAACAUCCUUCUCAGAUCAAGUCGUCGGCUCGUUCCCAAAAAUGAAAACGCAAUCGGUUUUAUGGAUGAUGAAGAUCUUCAAUCUUCAAAUCGAAGUCGGAGAAAGGAAAAACAUAAGCAAGACGAAGAGGAGGUUGGAGAAGAAAAGACUUCUUUAGAAUUAGCUGACAUGCCGAAGAAGGAUGAAAAAUAUGAGGAGGAUUACGACACUGGCAAUUCAGGCGAUCUGAAUUUUAUUCCACUAAAAGAAGGAGAGAUUAUUCACGAAAAGCUGAGGACGUACCCUGCCUCUGGUCAAAAUGAGUGGGUUUAUCCACCUUUCACAUAUCGGGGCUUUCACGCACCCAAGACAUGGGGGAAAAUUCCAAAUUGGUAUUUUCUUCCCAUAACUGAAAAGAAGAUUGGGAAAUUCACCGGUCUCCUCGUCUCCGAACAGUCUGGAAUUUCGUUCAUGAACUUUUCUACCCUGCAUGCUCGAGAGUUGAAAAGAAAGCGAGAACGGGGGGAAGAAAAGGAGAAGACAGGGCCGUUUCAGAAGACGAAAAUGGGUGUGUCCUCUGCCAAUUGUGACAACACGCUUUUCCCCGCACCACUCGAUAUCAUCACGGCCAACGCGAGGGAGGAUCUUACCGCGGUGGAGUUCAAGUUUGACAAUUAUGCCAACGUCUACUCCUUCGUCAUGUUCAGGCCGGAGGAUGGUUCUGAUCUUUUGUUCGUCAAGUUGCAAACUCCACCCAAAGUGGUGAGUGCGAAGCCGAGCAUUGAAGGUGGGGCCACCACAGGAGACGCACUAUUCCUCGACCGUGUCUCAAUUCGCUUUGGUACGGAUUCAGAUGCAGGUUCAGAGCAUCGCAUCAAUGGGAAAUCGUAUGGAAUGGAGCUGCAGUUCUUUUUCAAUACGCAAGACCGUUCUGGGGACACGCCGUAUUGGAAAACGCUGGAAAACUAUAUCAUAGACAAUGAUCCUUUGCAGUACGGCAAGCAUCUCUUGGUACUGUGUGUUCUGGUCGAGGUGGCCCCACAAGACGAGACGGAACCUCCAUCGGGAAAGGUGUACAACGAGGGAUUAUCUUUUCUCGGUAAAGCUGCCGAGUCUUUCUGGGCGACCAACAAUGAAGAAAUGUAUCGAGCUAAAGCCACCAAAAAGAAGGUGCUCCGGAUGCAAGACUUUUUCCAAAUUCCAAAAUCCGGCCUAUAUUACACUUACUCUGGCUGCCUUACACACCCUCCUUGCCUGAACAAUACGAGAUAUGCCGUUUUCGAAAAUCCCCUCUACAUGAGAAAUGAAGACUGGAGGAAAUUCCUCUUUAUCCCGUCCCAGUUCUCAGACACAGAAUUUAUCGCUGGUAAUUUUCGUCCCAUGGACGUUAUGACUUUCACUGACAAUCGGACCCAUAAAGUCGUCCCUUACGACGCUGGAGCAAAAGAGAGAUUGAGCUGGACGGUGCGCCGCUCGAGACGUACCACCGAAAAGGAAAGGAGGGCAGAGUACGAUUAUUACGAAGAUAUUGAAGUUGCACCUCAUCACUCCUCAAAGAAAGGAUAGCAUAAAGAAUAAUUUUAAAAAACUACUAAAUAAGUACCCUUAAUCUAAAGAUAACCCAUUCUUCACGG